UCAAAAUAAAAAUAGUAAGGUGCACUUAGAGUGCCUGUAGAUCCACUCUGGGUGCACUGAUCCACAUUCUCCACACCCCCACACAAGAAUUUCGUGAGGACGAAGAUCUCCCUAUAAACGCAUAUUCCUGAUUAACCGGAUAAGCAAUUGCAACUGCAUUGCGCUUGUCCCUCAUCCUUCCUACAAUAAAAAAGAAGGAAGUGAAAAAAGCGCUGCCAAAGUGAAGAAGUGCCACGAAAUUAUCUAAUCAUCCGCGCAAGGGGACAACUCCGUGAUAGAUUGGUGGAACUGGUGACUGACCUCAGCGAUGCGAAAGUAUCAGCAACUAGCGCUGGUCCUGAUCUCUAUCAGUUGCAUUGCCAUUCUGCUGGUGUACAAAAGUGAGAACAAUCGGCUGAAAUAUGUACUGGAAGUGGUGAAUAUCUUCGGCCGAAGUGACACCGCAUCGUUGAUCCGGGUGGACAACAGUAGCCGCUACCGUGCCGUGCCAUAUGACUUUGAUAGCCCUCUGCCGGUUUGGCAACGAGUGGGAAGCGAUGUGUAUGUCUAUUCCGCCUAUUGGCAAAAGAAUGACCUGGAAGCCGGUGGGACGGUUGUCAGCUUGGCCGUCGGCCUGGAACAUGCCGUGGUGAAUUUCAAGUGCCAAGUGCAACACGGAGGCAAGGAUGUGGUGCCGGGGAAGUUCUACUUCAUUCGACUGGAUAGCCCUACGGGAUCGGUGGCGACACCCAACGGGGAGGUGUCCGUGAUCUACAAGUUUCUCUGUAAGGUCAAGCGGGAUUUCGGUCAUCCGACGGAGGUGGUCUUUACCGAUUCGGUGCACGCUAUAAAACGGUACAUCCCACUGCGAGUAAUCGAAAGCAAAUCGAUUCCCCAAAAAAUGACCAUGACUGCCUGUGUAGAUUUGAACAACUAUCUGGAAUUGGACGAAGAAUUUCGCAAACCAUCGGCUGUGCUGCAAUAUUUCCUCCAUCACCAAAUUGUCGGCGUGGAUGAUUUCAUCGUGUACAACAGCAAUGCACUUGACUCGUUAACUACCACGACUCUCUACAACCAUGGAAUCAAAAUUAACCUACUGCCGUACAAUUUCCCCUUCGAUCUUACCAACAAACAACAGAAUCGCCAAAUGAUCGAAUUGGACUGCCUGAUGCGAAACUUUAACGCAGCCAGAUACACUUUUGUCGGUGCCAUAAACGAGUACAUUUAUCCCAACUCCAGGCUUCGCAGCAGCAACCAGUUUCUGAAGUACGCCAACAAAGCCUCGAGUGAUGUUACCCAAUUUUCAAUUACAUCGAGAACGAUUUGCAUUGAUGACCGAAAGAAGAUAUUUUCCGAUAACUUACUCUACGAUGUGGAAUCUCGCGGUGAAAAACCGUUCUACAUCUACCGGCCUCAAGAUUACAAUCGGUCCGGAUCACAGGAAAUCGUCAAAUCCCUAAGCAUCGAUGGCAACACAUUGUUCAUGCAUCGGUACGUGGAAAAAUGUGCCAGCAAGUCGGAUCUCUACGAUUGGUCCACCAUUCUGAACAGCGACUUCCUGCAGUAUGUGAACGAAGUCGGAAAAGAGCUGAACAAGCUAAUCUUCCGGUAAAGCACUUGAUCUCAAUUCUGUCUGCUCGGUGGCAUGUCCAUCUGCUCCUUGCGAGUCCUUAGCGGGAACUUCCUGCAUAGCAAUAUUUUCUACUUAGAUGUUAAUGUUCGACAUUUUGUUAUCAUUGCUCUUACGCUCAACUUUCUAAGUUUCGCACAAUGACUAAAUCAAAGCAUACCAUAACUGAUAAAAUCAAAACGAACCACGUGAAAGUUUGUGGAAUUCAUAUUUUGCAAUUGAACAAUAGCCUAAUCUGAUAAAACCCCAUAUUUAUAUGUUUGUGGUUAUCGAGCAGUUCAUCACUACUGUAUGUACCACGAACAUUUAUCUUGGUAUCGACGAUGUUUGCAGAAACAAUGCUACUUUGAAUGUGAACAAUAUUAUUCAACAGGCCUAUAAAAUAGCGUUUCCAGCGAGAAUCUAGUAUCACAAAGACGACCGUCUUCAAACAGCACAUGUAAAUUGUAGGCACAACAGAAACAAUGAUGAAUACUCACCACAACAACGCAGUAUGCACUAGUAUCAACGAUUUUAACACGUAACACGUAGAUUUUUUACUCUUUUGAUAAGAAAUUGAAUAGCAACCAAAGCAUCAUUAAACAAGAAUUGUAAAUUGAAAUGUGGUAAUCAACCUCUUAAUUCACUUCGAGUAACACAAUAACGUUUCAAACUCUUUAAUAAAACUACUCAUAAAUAAAUUACUUAAA